AUGUCAGCGCCUCAGCGUGGCUUGCCUCCAACGGCAGCCAUGACGCUGGCUCAACAGGCACCACCACCGGGUCCGCCACAAGCAUCUCCACAACCACAUCAUCGACCACACCCACAACAGCAGCAGCAACAGCAGCAGCAACAACCACCACCACUUCAUCCGUCAGUCGCCACGCCGCAGCUCCCGCCACCACCGCCAUGGCAACAACACGGUGGAGACGACACGAUGCGUGUAUGGCUACUGGCCAAAGCAGAGGAAGAAAAACGCCGCGCCGAAGAAGAACGAACGCAUCAGGAGACACUCCGUCUCGAACAACGACGAACGGAACAUGACAUUCUCCGGACUUCGCUUUCCGGUGGCAUUCCACCACCGAUGGUGCCGGUUGUCUUUGCGGGCAUGGCCGGAGGCAACUUGCCGCAGGCUGCUCUUGAAUGGGCUCACCAGAUCAUGUUUCCGCAUGGUCCGCCUCCUUUGCCACCACCACCCCCGCCGCCACCGCCGCAUCAUAUGCAACAGCAACAGCAACAGCAACAACAUUCACAGCAGCAGCAGCAGCAGCAAGAGCAGCAACAACAACCGCCGCAUCCACAGCUCCUAUUGACCGGUCCGGGUGCAGGAGGUCAGCAUCCGCUGGAUCCCCAGCGUCCAGAGUCUCUGUCGCAACAGCAACAGCUUCCCUCGCAACAGUCACAACCGCCACCGCCUCCACCGCCGCCACAACAGCAGCAGCCACCGCAUCACCCACCGCCGUUUGGACAGGGACCGUAUGGGCCUGGGGCCAGGGAUGGAGGUGGGCCUGGUAGUAGCGGAGGAGUCCAAGGGCCUGGCUCAUCUCCAGGAGGGGCUUUGUUACCGCCAAAUCCACCAUCACCAACUCGCCAACGCGGGUUUACCCUACCAACAUCCAGUGGACGGCCCGAACGAGCGGUACCAGCAGCCGCAGCCAGCGGUAUAUCUUCAAACCUGCCCACGUUGAACACGAAUGUGUCACACGGGACCUUUGGACAGCAACAGAUUGAUCUGCAAGCCUCGCCGCCGAUUCUUUUCUACCACUGGCGACCUCCCGGCGUUGGCGGAGGAGGUGGCAGUGGCGGUGGAGGAGGAAGUGGCGGAGGAUCCGGGGGUGGCGGAGGAGGAAGCGGAGGCGGCACAAGCCAACCUGCGGCAUCAGUCACCGAGUCGCCCAAGAAGCGAAAAGCUACUGGGCCACAGCCGGCUCCGCCGCCGCCAAGCUCACAUCAGCGUUUUCGGUCACCACCAUUCUCGCAAAGUUCCGGCUCGUUAGCAAACCCGCCACCCGGUCGACGACGAGGACACGCACGACAACGCAGUGACAUGUCGUCCUACCGAGGAGCAGGCCGUGGCGGGUACGGAAGCGGCGGAGGCGGCGGAGGUGGCGGUCAUCCUCGAGGCAUGUCGCCAUCGCCAUAUUCUUCAGCGCCGCCCUCUGCGACCGGUUCCUUGCGAGACGGGGAGGAAGGAGGCGGACCGAAUCGAUCACAGCAACAGCAGCAACCGUCGCAGCCUCGAAGCGGAGGACAUACCGUGUCGUCCUUGUUGUCAGAAGACGUGCCGUCAUCGAGCGGACCGUACAGCCAAGACCAUCGCGAUGCGCCAGAUCGAAGCGCGCGCGGAGGCAGCGAGCGCCACCGUUCACCCCACCGCCAAAGCGACGACAAACGGCGAGGCAGUGCGACGGGUGGCCACGGAGAAAGCGGUGAUUGA